CUAGCUUCCGUUCAGAACGCGUCAUUUCCGCUACACCGACUGGCGGGACUUCUUCACCUGCUAGAAAUAUUAGGAACGGGUUGUUGUUUCCAGCCAUUGUCAGAUUAUUUUCAGGCACGGAAACAAACACAAGCCCUUAAAACAUGAUGGCAAGUAGUGGGAAAGACUCCCGAGGACUGAAAGACGACAUGGUCGUGUUCUCAAACGGGUGCCGGGAGGAGCCCUCAGCGGGGCACGGAGGAGGCGCGGAGGCCGAGUCCCGUUCCAAGGGAGCAGCAGCAGCGGUCAGCCCGCAGAAGUUCACCUUCAGCCCGGAGCCCAGCAUAGAGGACAUCCGCAGGAUGCAGGCCGACUUCACGGACGAGCGCGACUGGAAUAAGUUCCACCAGCCCCGCAAUCUGCUCCUGGCCAUGGUGGGAGAGGUGGGCGAGGUGGCGGAGCUCUUCCAGUGGCGGGGAGAGGUGGCGGAGGGUCUGCCGGACUGGACCGAGUCCGAGCGGGAGCAGCUGGCGCACGAGCUGAGCGACGUGCUCAUCUACCUGGUGGAGCUGGCCGAGAAGUGCCGCGUGGACCUUCCCCAAGCGGUGCUGCGCAAGAUGGCGCUGAACCGACUCAAAUAUCCCGCUAGCAAGGUGCACGGCUCGGCCAAGAAAUACACAGAAUACAAGGACUGAGAGCUGGGGGGAGUAGGGUAAAUAAAACCUAACUCACUGGACACAUGUCUGCUAUAAGAACCCAGGUCUUCCGGGUUCCGGUUCCCCUGUUACAGACUCAGAGUUUCAGGGAAGGAGAUGUUUCUCCCUGAAGUCCCAGUUCAGUUCAGGAGCUUUAAGAUUUCACUUCAAAGCUGACAGUCUGAGUAAAACUGUCCACCAUAACACGGAAACAUUGAGAGGGAUUGGUUCAGUUUUGUUUUUAACUAUGUCAUUUUUGUAAACAUUUUUGUUCAAAUCAGUUUUCUUUUUCUUUUACUUUAAAAUAGUAAAAAAAAAUAUUUUAGAAAAAUCUGA